AUGCACGAGUGUAAAGACCCAAAGGACGCACCAAACAAGCCUAAUAAUCUGCAAUGGAUCUUAUUCAGCUUCUUAUCUUUGCUCUCUCUCUUUACACAGUUUUCUUCUUCUUUGCGAAGUCGCUAUUUUUCUUCUGGGAACAAGAAACGAAUGGCUCCUAUGGCCCCGGGGGCAUGGCCAUUGUUCGGACAUCUAUCAUUCUUUAAAAGCUCAAAACCAACCCACGUAACGUUUGGGGACAUGGUCGAGGUGCUUGGACCGGUUUUCAUGAUGAAGCUAGGGUCAUACAACGUGCUGAUCAUAAGCAGCCAAGAGGUGGCCAAAGAGUGCUUCACUGUCCACGACAAGGUCAUAGACCGGAUCGACCUCACUGCUUCGAAAAUCUUGGGCUAUGAUGGCUCCUUCUUAACGUUUUCUUCUUGUGGUCCUUACUGGAAAGAGAUGCGUAAGAUAGCAACAUGGGAGCUUUUUUCGACCACAACGACUGAUAAGUUCAAGGAUAGCAGAGAAAGAGAGGUUGAUAUGACGUUUAGAGACCUCUAUAUGAGGUGGGAGCAAGAGGGUGGAGCGAAAACUGGAGUAUUGGUGGACAUGAAACGAGAGUUCCAAGAUUUACUAGCUAAUAUAUCGUUGAUGAUGAUUGUGGGGAAGAGAUAUUUCGGGGCAAGUCCAAAUUGUGAAGCGGGAGAAGCGAGGAGAUGCGGGAAGUUGAUUCAAGAAUUUUUCAAUUACUUUGGGCUCUACUUGUUAUCCGAUGUGAUGCCAUCUCUGGGUUGGUCGGAAUGGAAGGUCAAAAGGGAUAUGAAGAGAACGGCUAAAGAGUUGGAUCAAGUUGUUGAAGCUUGGGUUGAAGAACACAAGAAGAGGAGAGAUGACAUACCCAGCUGUGAAAAGCACUAUUUGGAUCUACUCAUUGAGAUCUUCGAAAACCGCGAGAUUCCAGGCACCAUUCAUGAUGCUCAUACCACCACCAAGGCCAUAUGCCUUAACAUGGUAUUUGCAGGGAGCGAGCCGGCCAUUGUUGUGUUGGUUUGGGUUGUAUCACUGCUUGUUAACAACCCCCAUGAGUUGAGGAAAGCACAAGAGGAGCUUGACCAAAAAAUCGGAAGGGACAAAGUUGUAGAAGAAUCCGACCUCAAUGACUUGACUUAUCUCCAUGCCAUUGUCAAGGAAACAUUACGUUUGUAUCCACCACUUCCUCUCACAGCUUAUAGGUAUGUGAUGGAAGACUUCGACAUUACCCAUGGAAACUUUCAUGUUCCCGCAGGUAAAUAUUAUAUGCACCUACGUUACUCUAUAGUACAUAUUCAGAAGAUUAGACUCAUGAGAUGCAUAGUCUUUUUCUUAUUGGAUUAACUAGGGACACAAGUGCUCGUAAAUGAGUGGAAAGUUCAGAGGGAUCCAAACUUUUGGUUCGAGCCGGAGUUAUUCAAACCAGAGAGGUUCUUAACAUCUGAAAAAGUAGAUAAUGUUAAAGGCAUGGGCAUGUUGUUUCCAUUCGGUUUGGGACGACGAUCGUGCCCUGCAAUCCCUCUAGGUAUGAGGAUGGUUCACUAUGUUCUGGCUAGGUUCUUGCACACGUUCGACUUGGCAGCACCAUUCAGCCAAGACGUGGACAUGACUGAGAGCAAUGGGUUUGUCAAUCUCAAAGCCACUCCUCUUCUAGUCUUGAUCAAUCCUAGGCUACCUAAAUCACUCUACCAUGUGGAUUGUAAAGUAUAAUUCUCAAACAAGGAUUGAUAACUAAAGCUACUUUUUCAAAUUUCUCAUUUCUUCAGAGAAUUAUAUUUUGUUUUACAAUAUGAUUUUACAAUAUGAGUGAGUCUUCAUAUCUUCAGAAGGUUACAUUUUCGCAAAUAAGGAUUUCAUAGGACCUAAAGAUACAAAACAGCUCCUUUAAUCAUGUAUGAAUUCGAAUCCCAAAUUUGACCCCUAGAAAGUAAAUUUUUAGAUAAAAUAUUCCACAUGAGUUAUAGGUACAUCCACGGUCUUACAACUUUUUUCUUUUUCUUUUUGCCCUUUAGCUCUUUAGUGCAAACAUGCAUGAAUAUGAAUCAUGAGGAGGUACCUGAAAUAUAAAGGAUCAGACUCCAAACAAAACAAAAUCAGGACAAAAUAUGUUUUAACAUCUCAAAUUUAUACAAUAAAUAAUAAAAAAAUCUAAUCCUAUGGUUGUACCGACUUUUGCUUAAUUCCUACUCGUUUAUAAUUGUAACAAUGCCCAGUUGGAGAAUUUAUCAAUAACCAGUACAGGAUUGUGGAUUGUGGGUUAAAAAAAUCUAUUUUUUUAAAGCCGAAAAGAAUAUAUUGUAAAUGUUAUUUUCCACCAACCAGAAACAUUCAUUAUGUUAGCUCUCUCCUCUUUAGAAUUUAUAAAUCAUUAAAUCAAUAACACAUGAUUUCAGUGUAGAUUUUAAAAUUAUAGAACUAAUAACAGUAAAUUUAGUUUGGAUUUCUAAAUCAAUUAAUAUACACCAAUCAAUAACUCCCUUUUAAUUCACCCCCACUUAAUUCGCUUUCGAUUAUCCGAUAUGGAAGAAGGAUAUUUUCAAGAGAAACUUCUGUUUGAUUUUCGCAUAAAGUCAUCUAGUAUCUCAUAAAGUUAACUAGGCAUGGGCAUUCAGGGGGCAUCAGAUUCGGUUCGAUUGAUUUAGAUUUUCAGAUCUUUCGGUGUUAUGCUCAAAAGUCUCAUUUAGAUUUUAUUAAUAAUUGGGUCGGGUGGUUCGGAUCGGAUUUGUAGCCAAUGUCUGAAAUCGUCCAAUAUAUUUUUUUAAAAACUAAAAAAAUUGACAAAAAAGGCUCAAAAUAUAGAAAUUGUUCACAAAUCUAAUUAAUAUUAGUUAAAUUACCGCUUAUGUGCUGCUCAGUAGUGACUGCUAGGGAGUUAAUCACACCAGGCUAUAUAAAAGAGCGCCUACUCCGUCCCGUUCACGACUGGAGUGACUCGAGCACUUGUCUAGAGAGGUGCUUUAGCAUCCUUCGCCAACCGGUGUGGAAAAGCUAAUAAAAUUAACUAAAAAGUAUUCAAAAUAACAAAAAUAAAAAAAAAAACUAAAAAAACCAUUAGAAUACCAUAAAGAGGAAUUACCUAAGAUAUCCCUUUUUAAUUUAUUUUCACAAAAGAAUCCCAAAAGAAAAAACUAACAAAAAGAGGUUUUACUAACGGGUAAAUAUAUUCAUAUACCCUUAAUCCCAGACUUUGAAUUUAGAGUUGAUGGAGUUUUAGAGGUGGGGUUUAAAAUAUUAAAAGAUAGAAAAUAAAUAUUAAAAUUUUAAAAAUAUAUUUUUUUAAAUUAGUUUCAAAAAACAAUUUCAAAAAGAAAAUUUGAAAAAAAUUAAAAAUUAAAAUUUAUAAAAAAUUUCAAAUUAAAAUUUAUAAAAAAUUUCAAAUUUGAAAACAUAUAGUUCGAAAUUAAAAAUAUAUUUUUAUUAUUUAUUAUUUAUAUAUCUAUAAAACAAUGGCCAGCAGAGUAUUUUGUCUCUUUAAUAAAACAUAAUUUGGUCAUUUUCCUUUUCAGAGUUUUUUUUAUGAUAAAAACUUAAAACGGUUUAUUUGAGAAAAUCGCCACACUAUAAAAUAUACUUUGGUCAUUUUCCUUUUCAGAGCUCUUUUUACGAUAAAAACUUAAAAUCUUCUAUUUGAAAAACUCGUCACACUAUAAAACAUCUAAAUUGUUUUUAACAAAUAUAAAACAUUGAUACUGCCAGUUAUUUUGGAUUUCUGUCGGGUUGUAAGUUCAUAGUUCCGUUCAAGGUUCAGAUCAGAUUUUUCAAUUUGGGUUUAGGUGGAGACUUCGGUAUGAAGGUAAAAACGCCCAGGCAUAUAGUUAACUAGGUAUCUUUUUAACUAUUCCAUUUAGAUCGGUUCAAUUUUGUUGCGGUUCAUCUUCCCACCCUCACUAUCUUCCUUUUCUAUCUAACAGGUGCGACGACUAGAACAUACUGGAAACUGAAUCUAUUGUUGACCCGCAGAAAUAAAGGAGGAAAUGAGAGGGACGAGGAAUUUUAUCAAGUCUAAAAUAAGCUGCUAUGCCCACUUCAAUUUCUCUGAACAUCCCAAACAAACUAGAGCUAAAAUAGUUCCUUAAAAACAAAAAGGUAAAUUAGAAAAAAAAAAAAA